UCGGGCUGCUCGAGGGGCUGGACGCGCAGUUGCGAUGCGUCAUAUUCAUUCGGGCCUUUUGCAUCCCAUUGCUAGGGAAAGGCCCUGAUUUUCCCCUUGACAAUAAACAACCACCCGAAGCUUAUGCAUUUUUACUAGUCUGAAUCUUUAUGAUAUUAAGGAGUCGAGGGGAAAACGCGACACAAGGUAUGCAUUUGGAGACUCUUCUUUGUAAUUCACAUUAGAAAAAUUCAGACGUUGCCCUCAGAUUGAUAUCUAAUCUAAAAAUUCACUUUACUUGUACUAUGAACAAGCUCACCCAAACCUCUUGAACAUUUUGGCCAUACGUCAACUACACAGCUCUUCCAGUGAUCCGACCGAGAAAGUUUUUGUGCUGAUCCCUAAAAUCUGAAUUCAUACAUGUACAGUGGAAGAAUGACAGAAGCGUGGCAACAGCAGCAUGCAGUGGCCCCUCCACCUGUCGGGCACCCCCUACUUCAGGGGGCAGAGAAUCCUUUGGCCAGCGCUGCGUACGGUAUCGUCCUACAGGCAGACCCGGCUUUACAGCAGUCUCAACAUGGCCAACACGCACAGCAACACCCGCUGCCGGCCCAACAGCCUUCGCUGCAAGUGGGGAGUGAAGGUGGUCACAAAUGCGGGGCAUGCGGCCACGAUAUAUCGCACCUGGCUAAUCCCCAUGAGCAUCAGUGCAUGGUUAACCAAGACCGUUCGUUCCAGUGCACUCAGUGCAUGAAGAUUUUCAACCAGGCCACGGAUCUUCUAGAGCACCAGUGCGUCCAGGUUGAGCAGAAGCCGUUCGUGUGUGGCGUGUGCAAAAUGGGAUUUUCUCUUCUUACGUCUUUGGCGCAGCAUCAUAACGAGCACAACACCGGAAACAAUCCGAUGAAGUGCUCUAUUUGUGAGAAAACGUACCGCCCGGAUUCCGCUUCAUCGAACCCUCAACAGCCCUCCACUGGUGAGACGUCUAGCGACGGGGCGGCCAUGGGUUCCUCUUCCUCCACGGCUUUUCAGGGCUCCGACCGUCCGUACAAGUGCUCCGUGUGCAACAAAUCGUUCCGACACCUCUCUGAACUGUCCCGUCACGAAAGGGUGCACACGGGAGAGAAACCCUACAAGUGCGACACCUGCGACAAAAGCUUCAGUCAGGCUUCACACCUGGCGCACCACCAGCGAACUCACAGCGCAGAUCGGCCUUAUAAAUGCGCAGUUUGCGAAAAGACCUUCAAACACAGGCAGCACCUGGUACGGCACAUGUACGCUCAUUCCGGCGAGCACCUGUUCAAGUGCAACCUGUGCGAGCUUCAUUUCAAAGAGUCCUCCGAGCUUCUCCAUCAUCAGUGCCAACCCGCCGGAGAGCGCCCCUUCCGCUGCACCGCAUGUGGAAAAAGCUUUAAACGGCCCUCGGACCUGCGACAGCACGAGCGCACGCACUCCGAAGAGCGGCCUUUCCAGUGCGAGGAGUGUCAGAUGAGCUUUAAGCAGCAGUAUGCACUUGUUCGCCAUCGACGCACGCACAAAAACCCAGCGGAUCGUCCGUUCAAAUGCAAUCAGUGCGACAAGGGUUUCCUGCAACCUUCUCACCUUCUGUACCAUCAGCAUGUACACGGCAUCGAAAGCCUGUUCAAAUGCGCCGCCUGCCAGAAGGGCUUCAGACAAUCCGGAGAGCUACUAAGGCACAAGUGCACGGAAUCGAACUCUGGAUCCAACGCUCCAGAAAAGCCUUACAAGUGUGACGUGUGUGGGAAGGGCUACAAAAAGUCGUCGACGUUACAGCGCCACCAAAACUCCCAUUGCACCGAAAAGCCGCUCAAAUGCUCGCUGUGCGGCCGUCGCUUCCAGUCGUCAUCCGAUUUUGUGCAGCACCGCUGCGACCCCGCCCGAGAAAAGCCAAUGAAAUGUGCGGACUGCGAACGGCGGUUUAAAUAUUCUUCAGAGCUGCAGCGCCAUCGCAGAGUUCACACAGGUGAAAAACCCUUUAAGUGCCCCACCUGCGACAAAGGAUUCAAGCAACGUGAGCACCUGGCUAAACAUGGCAUCGUCCACUCUCGUGAAGCCCAGUUCAAGUGCGUAUGGUGUGGAGAUUGUUUCGGAGAGCUGGGCGCGCUUCAAGAGCACACGGUUCAACACACCGCAGAAGGAGGGGGUUAUCCGGCAUCUUCAUGCAUUGAAUAGUUCCUACUCCUCUGCAGACAUUUAAAUAACAUUUAAACUUUAUCUCAAAACAUUUAGUGGAACUGUUAACGCUUUGCAUAACCCAGAGGCAUUGAACUUCUUGUUGGACUGGUAAGAAACUGCACAAAAAGUGACGACUUGUACAAGUCUUGUCAGACUCUGGGUAAAUGUUGGCAUCUAUUUCCCGGACAGAAAUUUGCUUCAGUUCGGUACCAACAGUGUUGACAAACAAACCAUACACUAAAUAGAUAGCUACUCUACUGAAAAUAAGCUUGUUGUUAUGAACGUGUCUCUUGUGCAAAUCGUUAUGAUACUUUACACCACGUUAUACGCUUAUGACUGGUGUUCUUAACAAAUUAGAUUAAUUUAACAUAAACUAAAAAUUAUUUAGUUUGAAUUCUGCUUUGUUUAUAAAAUUCACCCUACCUAAAACACGACAAAAUCAGAGAUGCAGCUAUCAGGUUUUUUUUAGAUGGACUUGAAUUGGUGCCCAAGGAUUUGAUCCUGAUAGCCACUCGCCUUUUUCCAGUGCUCUCCAUCUACAAUCUACAUCAGUUCAUCAUGGAUCUGGAACACUGUAUCUGAACAAUAUAGUGAUUAUAUGUAUUGGUAAUGUAUAACUUCACCUAACCCAUGAUGUAACAGGGUAUAUGUAUGCAUGAAUAGCUUAAAAUAAUGAAUACUGUUUGUUGUAAUCUGUCAUUGGUGCACAUUUCUAUGUUAACUCGUAAGCAAGGAACUACACCAGUAUUUAGACGUUUAUUUCACUAUAGUGAAUUUUGAAUCAUCUCUCACAAUAACGCAAUCGCUUGCAAAUGCGGUUUUAGUAGUAAAAUUUGAUUUACAGGUAGGGCUGUCUAACGAUUAAUCGCAACUAAUCGUUUGCAGAAUAAAAGUUUUGGUUUACAUAAUUUGUGUAUGCUGUGUAUAAUGAUGUAUAAAUAAAUACACACAUAUGUAUAAUUUUAAGAAAAAAUAUAUUUGUAUAUUAAGUAUAUAAAUUAUAUAUAAAUAUGUAUAUACACAUGUAAAUAUUUCUUACAUGUAUACAUGGGUGUGUAUUUAUAUAUAAAUAAUUAUUAUACACAGUACACACAGAUAUAUGAUGUAAACAAAAACUUUCAUUCUGCAAACGAUUAGUUGCGAUUAAUCGUUAUGCAUCCCUAUUUACAGGCAAUGGGUAACAACAAAAACAUAAUUUUGUUUGCGAAUUGCAAACAGACGUUGCGUUAGCUAAACAAUGCUGUAGAAGUUGUAAAGUUACCUGUACAUGGAUGUUUUGUAUCGCCUUGACUUGAGUACAGUGAUAGUUUAGUAUAUGUUCGUGUAUUCGCAUUAUACUGUAGACUGUGUGUUUGUGAUCGAUUUCCUCUCUAUUGAGGACGUUACUUCUCUUGGUGGAUUUAUUUUUUUUGCCACAGACAAGCUGUUUAACUUCACUGCCACAAGUUUUGCGUUUGCUUUCUCCUUAAGUGGCUAAAUGUUCCGAAUACCAUAUAUCUGUUGUUGGUAUUUCAAUCUUUUGAUAAUACAACAUUUUAAUUGGAUUAAAAUAUCAAACCCGGGGAUAGAUAUGCAACGGUAGAAAUAUUAUGCUUCUCAGUACAUGAUUAUGUAGCUGCUAUUUCUAAAAAAGUCAUCUUAUAAUGUAAUUUGAGUGUUGAAGUAUAGGUUAUGUUUAACUCUAUACUCACGAGUAUUAAGUAUUAGUUGAGUGUUCAUUGUCAACUUGGAGAACUUUAAAAACCAUGAUACUUUAUAUAAAUGCAUAUUCAUGUUAUAUUGUAGGAUUCUAACAGCUUGAAUGUAAACAUCGGAAACAUUUCUUUUUCCUUUUUCGUGCCUCUGAAAGCCUUACUAACAUGAAUGGCUUAUGUGUCAGUAUUGUUUGUUUUUGUUAUAGGUUCCUGUACUUUUAUUUUCAUCUGCAUUAAAUGCAGUUAGAGAUUGAACGGUCAUUGCUUGUAAAGCAAAAUUCUCAAAUGUGUUGUUUUGUAUUUGAGUGAGAACAGAUGUGAUCUAUACAAUCCAGCACCUUCUUUUGUAUGUUGUUCAGUCCAUCCCUUGUACUGUAUGUUUAAAUUUUUCUGUGUUUCUUAGACAAGUCAGUGAAGAGGCUACAGCUGUAAAUUUGCCAUAUUGUGUUUUUCUUUCAUUUUAACAAAAAUGUGGCAUGUCAUAACCUCACAAGACAUUUACAAAAAUAAAUGUUUGUAAACAUA